UUUUAAACCUUCCUAUUAUUUUUCAGUUCGCAGCUGGGAAGCAAUAGAAAAACAUCGUACGCCUAAAAAUAACAAAAAAAUACACCGUAAAAUAUUUAAAAAAAUUUUAAAGUUAUAAAACACAAAGAGUGCCGAAGGGAACGUCUUUGUGAAAAAGGACGAUGUCCAACGUCAUCAAGAAGGUGAUUCCCAUGCUGGAUCGCAUUUUGAUCCAGCGCUUCGAGGUGAAGACCACCACUGCGGGUGGCAUCCUGCUGCCGGAGGAGUCGGUGCCCAAGGAGAUGCAGGGUUUGGUCGUGGCCGUUGGACCCGGAGCUCGCAAUCCGAACGGAGCUGGCCAUUUGGCUGUGGGCGUUAAGGAGGGCGAUCGAGUUCUGUUGCCCAAGUACGGAGGCACCAAGGUCGACAUGGAUGACAAGCGUGAAUACCUGCUCUUCCGCGAGAGCGACAUUCUGGCCAAACUUGAGUAGCCGUGCAAAGUGGCUAUAUCCUGCAACAUACACAUCUCAACACUAAUGGACACGAAACUGCUGCCAACUUGACUUCAUUCCGGCGCACACUUGUUAUAUGCUUCGGUAUUGCGUUCGAAACUAAAUGAUUAUAAUGAAAUGUUUUAUUUGGUAGCUUGCUAAAAGCCACACACUACACUAACUCGCUGGCGCAACAUUUAACAACAUCUUCACACCCCACCAUUUCAUGUAAGGACAGUCCAAUUAUACAUUGUUCAGAUGCGACCUAUGAAAUAAAAGGGAUCAAUGUUGGGUGCCGACGUUACUGAA